AUUAGAACUUAAUCAUGAUAUAACAAAACAAAUAAAAUAAACCAAUUCCGAGAAUAAUUGACACCCUGUUCAUUUAUGAGUUGUCAACAAAAAAUGGCUCAACAUAGUUCUACAAUGUCUCUUUUUUUUAGGCUCUUGAAUGACUUCAGGUCAACCCCUUUUUUUAACUUUCACCAUUAGCCGUACAUGGUGAUGGUAUUGGUCAUCCUUUAGGCUCCUCACAGAAAAAAGAUCCGAAGGCAAAGAGAAGAGCAAGAUUGGAGGCAAAUGGAGGGUGAGAUUCGCAACUUCGUGAGGGUAUGGUUAUUGAUCUUUAUCUCUCUCUGUUACUGCUAUGCAACUGGUAAAGCAGUGUCCAAAGGUCCUGUUAGAUUUCUGUUUAUUAUACCAGUUAUAUUCCUCUUUCUCUACCUUCCUCUUAAACUCUUCACCUUGCACCUUGGAGGAAUGACAGCAUUUUUUAUUGCUUGGCUUGCCAAUUUCAAGCUCUUGCUUUUUGCAUUUGGUAAAGGUCCUUUGUCUUCUGAUCCUUCUAUGUCUCUCGGACGGUUUAUUGCUGUUGCUUGCUUUCCAAUCAAGAUUCAGCAUAACCCUUCUAAAACAGUCUUAGAGAAAUCAAAAAAUGACCAAAAUGGAGCAAAAUCACAUUCCACACAGCAAUCACAUCUAAACGGAAAUAACAGAGAAAAUUUGCCUCUUGAAGUGCCUCAACAAGGCCAAAAAUCCCUUUUGAAUUAUGCAGUAAAGGGUCUUUUAUUGGCCAUGUUGGUUCGAGUUUAUGAUUACAGUGACUAUAUGCAUCCAAAGGUCUUACUUGUUCUCUAUGCCAUCCACAUAUAUUUCCUUCUUGAACUCGUCCUAGCCAUGGUUGCAGCCUUGACUCGAACCCUGCUAGGACUAGAACUUGAGCCGCAAUUUAAUGAGCCUUACCUCUCCACCUCGUUGCAAGACUUCUGGGGUAGAAGAUGGAACCUUAUGGUCAGCGGUAUCCUAAGGCCAACAGUAUAUAAACCUGUACUGAAUCUCUCGUCAUGUGCCAUUGGCCGGAAGUGGGCUUCAGUCCCGGCGAUAAUGGCAACUUUUGUGGUGUCUGCUAUCAUGCAUGAACUCAUGUUUUACUACUUGGGGCGUGCCAAGCCAACUUGGGAGAUCACCUGUUUCUUCCUUCUUCAUGGAUUGUGUUUAGUAGUUGAGGUUGUUUUGAAGAAGGCAGUACCAAAGGGAAAGUUUCAAUUACCGAGAAUGAUCUCCCGGAGUUUGACAUUAUCAUUUGUGAUGGUGACGUGUUUUUGGCAAUUUUUCCCUCAGUUACUUCGUUGCAGAGCUGAUGCUCGGAUGCAUGAAGAGUAUGCGGUGCUAGGCAACUUCAUGAAGAAUAUUAGUCGUACCUUUGUUUCUAGAAACUUGCAAGCUCUGUAGUCAGUUAUUUAUUGUUCCGCAUUUGAUCAAUUUUAUAUGGAUGUUUGAUUUGCAUUUUUGUCACCCAAAGUGUAAAAGCAUAGUUUGAUGAAGAGUACUUAUAUUGUUUCUGUAUAAGAAUUGGACUAAUACAUCAGCCAAGCAAUUGAAGCAAUGAAGAUCGAGCUCUUUUGUAAGUGCAACUUUUCUCUGUUAGUUGAUGAUGUUAUGCUUUUAUUGUUUAUUUGUAUAGUCAUUGAGAGAAAUGCCAGAAUGCCUAACAAUAAAUUCAGAAAUUAGUAAUAUGGAAAUUCUGGCAUUUGUUGUCCAAUUCAGUACUAAAAAUUUAGUGGAGAAGAAUUGUGAGAAUGUCAUUGCAGGGCACAGGGAAUAAUAAGUUGUUCUAGCUUUGGUCUGGCAAUUGCUAUGCCUAUGUGGUAUUACUUGAUUUGUAAGAGGUUUUUGCUGUUUGGUUC